CAUGCCUGUUUUACAUCCCCUAAAUAUGGCAUUCUUUAUCUUAGAAACAUAUAUAAAUGCAUGCCCAUUUAAAGGAGAAACAACCCCAGCAUCUUCAAACAGUGUAAUCUAUAAAGAAUGUUAUCAGCCAGCACUAUCGCAGUGUCCUCUAAGGGAGGAAGAGUGCCGUCUCUCAAACAGUUUUAAAUGGAGCCCGAAGACAAGAGAGGGGGGACCAUGUGACUUUUGUCAAGUGGCCAGCAGUGGUGUAGACUCAGCUUAUCUCUGAAGGAGAAAGCGAUGGCUCACUGCAGCGAUGGCACCGCAGCCCCGGGCCCAGAGCUGCAACAUGAAAACGCCUGUCCACAGCGCUGCCAGGGCUAAAGUGGAUCUAUUUCAAGUGGUGUACUUCAGGAGAGUCCUGCGCAGAGACAUGACGGAGUGGACCCUGCUGAAGCGGCUGCUGGACGCCGUGCACCAGCACUCCACCAUGAUCGGCCGCAUCUGGCUCACCGUCAUGGUGAUCUUCCGGCUGCUGAUCGUGGCCGUGGCCACCGAGGACGUCUACGCCGACGAGCAGGAGAUGUUCGUCUGCAACACCAUCCAGCCGGGCUGCGCCAACGUCUGCUACGACUCCUUCGCUCCCAUCUCGCAGCCGCGCUUCUGGGUCUUCCAGAUCAUCACCGUCUCCACGCCCUCGCUCUGCUUCAUCAUCUACACCUGGCACAACCUGUCCAAGCAGGCGGACGGGGAGCGGGCGAAGGAGAGCGGCGAGGCGUACGCCCGGAGCUGCGACUCCGACAGCUGCUCCAUCAGGUCCCACCGGCACCUGGGGCACAGCCUGGCGGACAUCCUGGAGGGGAUCGCCGCUCAGGGAGAGCGGAAAAGCGCUGCCGCCGCCGCCGCCUCCGCCUCGGUGGCCCGGCCGCGGCCCUGCCGUGAAGGGAGGUCCGGGGUGCUGUCCAAAUACUACAUCUUCCACGUGUGCUUCCGGGCCACCCUGGAGAUCGGCUUCGUCCUCGCCCAGUGGCUGCUGUUCGGCUUCCGCGUGCCCUCGCACUUCGUCUGCACCUCCUUCCCCUGCUCCCAGCGGGUGGACUGCUACGUCUCCCGCCCCACCGAGAAGACCAUCUUCCUGGUCUUCAUGUUCUGCGUGGGCGUCUUCUGCAUCUUCCUCAACUUCCUGGAGCUCAACCACCUGGGCUGGAAGAAGAUCAGGAGGUCCGUCCGCGCGAAGGACGGCGCCGGCUCCUGGGGCGGCUACGAGGCCAUCAACCAGGACGGCCACUCGGUGGCCUCCCUCACGUUCAGGGACGUCACCAGCACCACCUCCCUCCCAACGCUGGACCUGGUGGUGGACAAGGCUGACUGGACCUGCUCAGGCAAGUGCUCCCCGCUCGGAGAGGAGACGGAGACGGAGGGGCAAAGCCAAGACCACCCCAGGGUCAUGCAGUCAGUAAAGACCAAGACCAGCAAAGGCAGAGCCUCCAAGCUGAGGAGCACUGAGGUCUGGAUUUAG